AUGGCGACAAACUUUGACAUGAACAAUAUGACCGUGGAACAACUUAUGGCACUUAGCGAGAUAGUUGAUGACAGCGAUAUUAGUGAUUUCGAAGAUGAAGUGGAGAAGAUAACGAAUGACGAAUUCUAUCGAGUUGCACCUAAGGAUAAGGACAAAGAUCCCUUUGAAGGAGAAAGACAGUUCAUAGAUGAAGGAGAUCGUUCUACUGACCCUAGACGAGCAAGAAGACGACCAUUGAAUGAGAAGGGUGAGAGAGGAAUUAUGCCAACGUGGAAAUAUUCCGAAAGACAGAAAGCAAAGGCUCUACUGGUUGAGGAGGCGUAUCAAAGUCUACUCAGUCAGGGAGUUGAAGGUCUACCACCAACAAUGGGAGGUAGAUGGAGAACUGAUGAUCCUCAAGUCAAUGCAGAAAUGAAGAGGCUAGAGAACAUUAGGAAUCCAAAACGUCCUAGAGGAAGACCACCAAAGGCUAAAUCUGAUGCUAAGGUUGUGAUCCCAAAGAAACGUGGAAGACCACCAAAGGCUAAGGUUGACACCAAAGUAGUAAUUCCAAAGAAACGUGGAAGACCAGCAAAGGUUAAGUCUGAGGCUGAGGUUGUGAUUCCAAAGAAACGUGGAAGACCACCAAAAGUUAAGAGGCAAACAGUCGCGGAAAGAUUCAUGAGUCAGAAUAAAAUAAAACUAUCGAUUCCUGCAGAUAGUGUAAUAACUCAGGUGGGACCUAAUAAGUACACGGUGACGGUGGACCUAAGCAGAAGACCAACAAGGAAAGCUCCUGAGGUACCGAAAGGUGUAACUCCAUGGAGGCCAGUUCCUAAGCCUAGGACAGUGUUCCCUAAAGAGAGACCAGUUCCUAAGCCAAGAACAGUGUUCCCUAGAGAGAGACCUGUUCCCAAGCCAAGAACUAAAAAGCCAGUGCCUCCUCCAAAGUUAAGAAAGCCCGUAAAGGUGAUGAAAGAGGUUAAGGAACAGCCUGUAGUGAUCACACCAAAGGAACAUGAGAUUGAUCCAUUCGGAACGUAUCUUGAGAAGCCUUCUUAUAGAAAGAUAGAAACUGCCGCAAAUGGUGCAGCGGUGACUUACUCAAUAACUCCAAACUUUAUGGAUCCCUUGGACCAGAUGACAGCGAGUAGGCAGGUUGUGAGGGGAAUUCUAGUUAACGAGUUGAAGAGAAUGGGAGGUCUAAAAUAUACGGAGACAAUUAAGGUGAGAAUGUCCAAGGAAAUCGGAAAUGACAAAACAAAGAAGGAUUCAGUGUACUUUAAGUCAAAAACUGGAACUGCAACUAACUUUGAGGAUAUUGAAAGCACUCAGCUCAGAACCAACUGA